UCUAUAACCCAUUUACCAGCAUUCCUACUACAGUGCGUGCCCGUUAAUAAGAUUAGUAAUUAAAAUGCUUGAUAACAAUUGGCAAGUGUGUUUUUCUGUGUCGCUGGUGGGCCGGGCCGGCCGGCUCGGGCUGGGCUGGCGGAGCAUCUGACACCACAAAGCCCGGGGGCUCCCAGGAACCCAGACGCUCGCCAAGCCCGGCACCGGGAAGCCUCGAGGGAGCGGCGGGAGCACGGAUCGAGCGCGCAGGGAGCCGGGGCCGAGCGCGCCGGGCACCGCCAUGGUGGAAGUGGAGAAAGCCCGGCCUCAAUGGGACAACCCCUUGCAGUUCGUGUUCGCCUGCAUCUCCUAUGCGGUGGGGCUGGGGAACGUCUGGAGAUUUCCCUACUUAUGUCAAAUGUACGGAGGAGGUGGGUUUCUGGUUCCAUAUCUCAUCAUGCUCAUUGUCGAAGGGAUGCCCCUUCUUUAUAUGGAACUGGCAGUGGGACAGCGUAUGCGGCAGGGGAGUAUUGGAGCAUGGAAGACAAUAAGCCCCUAUCUUCGAGGAGUUGGCAUCGCCAGUGUGGUGGUCUCCUUCUUCCUCUCCAUGUACUACAAUGUGAUUAACGCCUGGGCCUUUUGGUACCUCUUCCAUUCGUUCCAGGAUCCUUUGCCGUGGUCUACCUGCCCAGUGAACAGUAACCUCACGGGUUACGAUGAAGAAUGUGAGAAAGCCUCAUCAACUCAGUACUUCUGGUACCGGAAAACCCUCAAUAUCUCCCCCUCCAUUCAGGAGAAUGGGGACAUCCAGUGGGAGCAAGCCUUGUGCCUCAUCUUAGCAUGGCUGGUGGUAUAUCUAUGCAUUCUGAGGGGCACAGAGUCAACUGGCAAGGUGGUCUAUGUAACUGCAUCCCUGCCAUAUUGUGUUCUCAUCAUCUAUUUGAUUCGGGGUCUUACCCUGCAUGGAGCCACCAAUGGCCUUAUGUACAUGUUCACGCCCAAGCUAGAGCAGUUAAUGAACCCCAAAGCCUGGAUCAAUGCGGCCACACAGAUCUUCUUCUCUCUUGGCCUCGGGUUCGGCAGCCUGAUUGCCUUUGCCAGCUACAAUGAGCCGUCCAACAAUUGCCAGAAGCAUGCCAUCAUUGUGUCCCUGAUUAACAGUUCCACGUCCAUCUUUGCCAGUAUCGUCACGUUCUCCAUCUAUGGCUUCAAGGCCACUUUCAACUACGAGAGCUGCAUCAAUAAGGUCAUCUUGCUGCUGACCAACGCCUUUGACCUUGAAGAUGGCUUUCUGACCCCAGGAAACCUGGAGGAGAUGAAAGAUCACCUGGCAUCUGCCUACCCAAAGGAAUACAGUGAACUGUUCCCCCAGAUUAAAAACUGUAGUUUGGAAUCAGAACUAAAUACUGCUGUCCAGGGGACUGGACUAUCAUUUAUUGUCUACACUGAAGCCAUUAAAAACAUGGAGGUGUCCCAGCUGUGGUCGGUGCUCUAUUUCAUUAUGCUGCUGAUGCUGGGGAUAGGAAGCAUGUUGGGGAACACGGCCGCCAUUCUCACUCCUCUGACUGACAGCAAGACCAUUUCAAGCCACUUGCCCAAGGAGGCAAUCUCAGGUCUUGUGUGCUUCCUUAACUGUAUCAUCGGACUGCUGUUCACCAUGGAGGCAGGAAACUAUUGGUUUGACAUAUUCAACGAUUAUGCCGCCACGCUCUCCCUGCUGCUCAUUGUGCUGGUGGAAACCAUUGCUGUUUGUUAUGUUUAUGGUCUAAGAAGAUUUUCAAAUGAUCUUCAAGUCAUGACUGGGUGCAAGCCAAACUGGUACUGGAAAAUCAUGUGGGCUUUUGUAAGUCCCUUGCUUAUCAUCAGUCUGUUUAUUUUUUACCUGACGGACUAUAUCCUUACGGGAACCCUGAAGUAUCAAGCCUGGGAUGCAACACAGGGUCAGCUGGUAACCAGAGAUUAUCCUGAUUAUGCCUUGGCAGUGAUCGGCCUUCUCGUGGCCUCUUCUACCAUGUGCAUCCCCUUGGUGGCUCUGGGAACCUUCAUCAUGAACAGAUGGAAAAGGGGAAACACAUCUGCUAUGGUGUGAUCAGGAGGACUCCAGAAAGAUGUCUUUUUGGAGCAGCUGAAAGAACUGUGUACUCAAUCGUCCAUUUUUGCGUAGUUCAUAUUUAUAGAUUUACUUUCUUUGGAAGUCUUUUUAUUUUUAUUUUUUAAACAUGCCAGUAGUAGUCUGGAGAAAAAUCUCUCAGCUUUCAGGGCUUUGAAAGGAGGAAAUAGAACCACAUGGCCGAAGGAGACCCAUUGAAGAGACUCCACAAACUACUCAUGACUUCCUCUCUUCCCCGCAAGGCUACUUAGCACUGACUUGCUAGCCAAAGUAUCCUAACAAAAACAGGCUCUUGUGAAGAGGAGAGAUUUGAAAGUGAUUUCCUUGUCGUUUGUGGCAAGAUAUAAUCACUAUCUUCUAGUGUCUGUUUAUAUGGAAUCUGGUUGAAUUCAAAUUUUCAUUUUUUUUCUUAACGGGGAAAAGGGCAAGGGAUAGGGAGAGUGUGCUAGGGGAACCUUGGCUCUUUGAACAUGUUUGAGAGUUAUCAAGAGAAGUACAGAUGUUCCAGUAAUAAAUUUUUUUAGAAUAUAAACAAAUGGGCAGUUUCCAUUCUGCAAUAUGGCGUCCGUAUUAUUCCCCUUUAAGAAUUUCUUUUGAAGAUUUAAGAUGAAGACUGAAACUAUCUCAAUGAUAUAAGGAACUGCCAGGUAAAGAAAUUCCCCCUACCAAUACAGGUUGGGACCCCUGCAACUUUUAAGGUUUAGAGACCUAGAGAGAUCUUUGAGAUAUAGAACAGGGAGAGAGUGAGUGACUUGGCUGUGUCAAGGGUGGGAUUUGAAGUGGGGUCUUCAUGACUUUGAGUCUGGCUUUCUUUACUAUGCGUGAAUGACUUUUUGAGAAUCUGUCCUUCUGAAUUGAACAUAGUGCUAACAGCAAGACCAGAUGGAGCACAAAGAAAGAAGGUAUCCACUAGGAGCUUCUUAUAUAGAUUUUUUUUUUUUUUACUGAGGCAAUUGGGGUUAAGUGACUUGCCCAGGGUCACCCAGCUAAGAAAGUGUCUGAGGUCAAAUUUGAACUCAGGUCCUCCCGACUUCAGGGCUGGUGCUCUAUCCACUGUACCACCGAGCUGCCCUUGUAGAUUCUUUUAAUUAAAUUCACAGCCUUUUUUUGGAGAGGAGGUGCAAGAAUUGUGUCUGGUUCUUUUCUGGAUGGAGUAGUUCCCCAUCUCUAACAACUUUAACUGCAAGUCAUCCUUAAGGAUUUGGGUGGCAUACGUGACAGAACCCAAAGUUGCCACAAGAUGAGGCACUGGAGGAAGCUGUCAAUCAUGUGGCUCUAAAACAAAUAAACAAGACAGCCAUGAAGCCCACUGACAUGUAGUACAAACCAAUUAUUGACCAGUAUUUAUUAAAAACCUACUAAAAAUCUCA